UCGGGGUCGUGCUGUGGAGAGGGCGUGCGGGGGCGGCCGGCCUCCGCAGCCGCCGCCCCCGGGGGGGGGGCGCUCCCCGCCGCAGCUGGCGGCAAGGAACCGGCCGAGGGGCCCGGUGCCGGCACCGAGGGGUCGGGGCGAGCCGCCCCGGCUCCCCCCGGAACGCUCUUCCGUGCCCGCAGCGGCCGUGUUCGGUGUGCGAGGCCGUGCCGCCGCGGUGCCUCGUCCCCGCCUGUAGGCGCGGGGGAGGCCGCUGUGCGGUGCUUCCCCAGGCAAGGGCUGAGCCUUCCGGUGAGAACGCCGGUCAGGCAGCGGGUUGCGGGAGGUGGAAUGGCCCGUGGUAGAGGAAGGUUCCUGGAGCGCAUGCGCGUCCCAGUAUUGUGGAAUGGCCCAGGACACUACAGUGCCCAGACUAAACUUUGAAUAUUGGUUGGAUAAAGCUAUUGAAUGGGGUCAAACCACCACAUUGGAAUCCCAGAAGAAUGUGUGCCUUCACUUGCCCCAGCUCCAGGAGUUUCUACAUCAGGUUUAUGAAACUUUAAAAUAUAUGGAUUCAGUUGUAGGAAUCCAGCAGUUCCCUUUAACUGGCCAGCUUCUAGGAAGACUUUCUUGGAAUCCUUUUGUUAUAGGAUAUGAUGAAAGCCAGAAGACUCUGAUGUGGUGCUUAUGUUGUCUAUACAGCAGUGAACCACAGAACCCUGUGGAAUUGAAGGCCAACAGCUGGAUACGGAGUUUGCUGUGCCAUUUCCUUUCUUCUUCUAAGUGGGAAAGUAAUGAAGCUGAAACCGGUACCUUCCUAUCAACUCUUGGCUAUACGUCAGCAAAUUAUCAUAGUCACGUAGUUAAAAAGAUGGUCUCUUCAUUACUAACAGAAGUCAGAGGAUAUUGGUUCAAUGGACUUAAAGUUCAGGGGAGAGUUUCAGCCAGUUGUGUGAAUGCUGUGUCCCGUUUCUGUCUCCCCCUCAUUACUUUGCCUGAUCUAACUCCAUUUCUGGAAACUCUUCUUCUUUACCAUGGAGGUGCAUCAAAAGAAAUUCUCAGUUUGGAGCUUCUGGAGGCUGUGAAUGAGGCCUUUUUAAAGAAGAAGAUCUCCCUCACUGAAUCAGCUAUCCUCAGUCUCUGGCUUCGUCACUUACCAAGCCUCGAAAAAGCCACAGUAUAUCUUUUAGACCAGCUGGUUUCCAUUCAGUUGAAUUCACUGGAAGAAGUGGCUGGUGUCAUAAAAAAAUCCUUACUGCCACAAGCAGCAAGCCAUCCUGUCAUUUUCAGGAUUGUUAAUGAAAUUUUCAAGAACACACUGCUGGAAACUAAUGGAACUCCAGAAGUUAUGACCGUAAUACAGGUGUUUACACAGCUCUUCCUUCAGGCUCAUCAGAAUGAAAACAAGCAGCAUAAUUUUCCACUGAAGGCCUACUUCCCUUAUCAUCACCAGCCUCUUGUAACAGCUUUGUUCAGAUGUCCUUAUGAACUGCCAACUACACACUGGCCUCAACACUUGAAACACAUUUCGGAUAUGCUCAAAGCAUUAGUAGAAGAUACAAACAUUAGUUCUCCUGCUAACCUUUUUGAAAUCUGGUUUUUGGUUGCUUGUUUUGGAGAAUGGCUGGACAUCGCAGCAGAACAAUUACUGAAGGCUGCUGUAGAACCAGAUGCUUUGCUGUGGCUGCUGGCAUUUUACUACAGUCCUCAGAAUGAAAAUCAACAAAGGACUCAAACAAUUGUAGAAGCUCAAGCAGUCUACAAUAAUUUAAUGACGUUCUUCAGCUGUACAGUCCUUUCUGUCAAAGAUCUGGAGGCUGCUGUACACAGUGUAACGGGUAUAGAGAAGUGUUGUAACCAGCAUCUUAUCACACAUCUUCUUACCAACUUUUUGCUCUUUUCUUCUGGUGGACAUAUGAUUGCCCAGGAAUUCAUUUACCAUAUUGCUGAGACAACUGAUACAAGCAAAGAAAUUUGUAGCCUUCUUAUCCGUACUGCAUACAGGAUGGAUCAUAAUGGAGAAGAAAACCAAAGGACCGUGACGCUGCUGAAUGAAAUUCUUCAAAAACUAAUGUUGAAAGUUUAGAAUUUUUAUGUUACCUAUUUAUCAAGCCAACAAGUCAGAUCUUUAUCCACUUGCCAGGCUUUUAUUAACAUUUGCACCACAGGUUACCAAGAGUAGAAAAAUAUCUGCUUAAGCAUAUCCCUCAACUUUGUAUUUCCUCAGAUAUAUUUGAAAAUGGCCCUUGGUUUUGGAAAUGUUAACCUUUUAGAACAUAAGAGUAGGUAUUAAAGAUGGGUGAAAAUUUUGUUCUGACCAUCUUCUUUAACAAGAGACAUACAUUCUUUAAAGCAGUUCACUCAUCUCCUUGUUGUUUAUCUGGCUGAGGAUCAGUUUUUCUCCCAGAUUACACAUGGUUUUAUUAACAAAUCAUAUCCAAUUGCUUGGUUGGUAAGUUGUUCCUAAACUGUUUUGUUCUAUAAUUUUGCUUUUUGAAACUAACGAUGAUCUCAAGUGAGAGUGAUUCAUGGAGAAUGCCCUCUGUGUUCUCAGGAAAUCAAAAGUAUUUCCUGAACUUUUAGUUCUUUCUGAGAAUGUUUCCAGAACUCCUCUCAGAUUUGCUAAAUGAUUUUUUUCAGUACUGCAGCUUUUAUAGGACAGUGUUCUCUGCGAAGUACUAUACAAAUAGCUGGUCUCUGUCAACAGGUACUGCAGGUAGAAGGUUGCUUGCAGUACAGCCUAUUUUCAGUGUGCCAUGACUGAUGCUAUCAUUUAUUCAUUUAAGAAAUCUUUUUUUUUUUUCAUUCAGACAAAAAAGGGCAAGCACAAGAUAGGAAUAAGGAAACUUUCCAGUUUGAGGGCUGAAUUUCCUAAGGAGAGCAUAUGGUUGCAACUCAGCUCCUUCCUUUUUGUGUCCCGUGGUAGUUUGCUUGCUUCUUUGAUUAGGUUUUUGUGUCAUGCAAAGAGCAUGGACAGGGAGCAAUGGCUUAAUGUUUUACCCUUAGGAAAGUAUUUGUCCCAAGAAGUUUUGUGAACCUGUUUCUAGCUUAACUAGAAAAAUAAGCAUGGAGAGUAGUAAUAACAGAGGAUCUUAACUCUUUUCAGUUUUGUUCUCAUAUAUUACCUAGCUUUAAUCUCAACACUUGUGCUAUGUUCAGAGAUGCUACUUGGAAUACUAUCCUUGCAUACAGAAUCAGAGGCCUGUAUCUUAAAUUAACACAGCUCUCUGAAUGUAGCAUUUGUUUUUGAGCAAGGAAAAAGAAAAACAAUGUGCUUAGUGUCCCUUGGCUCUGAGAAGUGGGAGGAUAUUUUGUGUAAAGCUGUUGACUGAUUUCUUACAAUUUUGUUCCCAGUGAGUCAUAUCAGACCAAAUUACAGAAGUUACAUGUCCUCUCAGUUUGUUAAUGUUUGUAAUAUUUGAUUCCAGCAUAUUAAAACAUAGUAAAUACAUAAUGUGUAUCUGUGAAGAAAGUUUUUUCCCUCUUUUUGGAUUACAAAUACUUCUGAAUGAAAAAUCAGAAAGAGAUAUGUUGCAAAUUUUUCAGUUGUUUUUAGCUACACAUAUCUAGAAAAGCAAAAUCAAACAACCCAGUUUUCUAUUCCCUGAAUAUCAUACCUGAAAAGCAUGGGAUUAAACAAAGUUGGUUGUUGAUCACAAGCUCUGAGGUAUUUGUCGAGUGAGAAUAUGUAUAGAGUGUUCUACCUAGAAUGAUAAAUAAUAUACAAUUUGUCUCUAAAGGAAGAAUGAUUUUUCUUUAUUCUUUAUUGCUUUAAUUUCUAAUCCGGUUGUUGGAUGUGAGAUUCUCUGGUUGUCCUUAAGUUCUCUCCAUAUUACAACUAUAUGUAAUUUUAACUACUUAAAGGAAUGAUUGGCAGAGUUGCAAGAUAUGAUUCUUGAAAAUCUUUUAGAUUCAUUAAUUGGAUAUUAUAUUUUUAUCUGUAUUAUAGUUGUUGGAGAUUAAUUUUUCACUGUUCUUUCACAGUGCAGUCAUUUUCUUUCCCACCAACUAAGCACAUGAAAAGUCUUCUCACUUUCUUAAACAAAAUCAAUAAAUAUCCAGUUAAAUAGUGAUAAGUCAAUUCAAGCAGAAAGGAAACAUGCAGUAAGGGCAGAAAGAACAAAAUUAGUAGUGAACCGGUACGUUCUUGUUUUCCUGACUUUGGCUUCUUAAGAAAUACUGCAUGAUUUAAAUAUUACAAGGAGGGUUUGCUUGCUUCAGGAGGCUUUAAGGAAGAAACCUAUUUGAUACUAUCUGUUACUUUAAAAAGAUCCAUGUGUAGUGGCAUGAUUUUUCUUUUUUUAGUAUAGUUUUUAUAAAUCUUUGCUAUUUCUUUUCCUUGCUCUUUGGCAGUGCUUUAAUUAUGAUCUAACUUUGAUAUAAACCAUGAUUUUGUGGCAUGCUGAAGCCACUUUUGUUAGUUUGCAAGUGGAAGGCAACAGCGUGAUUUGAUAGAUCUGAGUAAUGGAAGAUUUCUUGUAUGGUGGCUCCUGCAUUAUCCAUCUAACAUGGGUCUUCUCUGUAAUCACUGUGUCCUGGAAAAGUUCUUUGGAGCCUUCAGGGCUGUACUUUUAUGCAGAAACAGACAGUGAGUCCUAAAAUCAGGCUUCAAGUAGCUUGUUCCCUUCCCUCCAGUCUCCAUGUCAGCACACACACUGAUCCUGGAUAUUGUACUGAAUAUAGAGGGCUUUUCAAAAUUUUUAUGCUUCAGGGAGUUGUUUUGAAUACACCUACAAUCUUUUUCAUUGAUGAUGUUUCUUUCCAGUCUACGACUGCUAAGUUAUAGCCUUUUGAAUUCUGCAAGCUUUCUAGCAUGGGGCUGGGUGGUUUCUGUGGAUUUCCUUCAGAAAAAAAAGCCACUUCUGUGGCUUUCAUUCAACUGAGAUCUUAGUACAGUGCUUAUACAAAGCAGAAUACAUUUUAUGUUAAGAGAUAUGGUAGGCACAGGUAUGUUAGCAGGUAUUGCAAUUUAGCUGACCAGCAAUAACCUGUUAAUCUGUUAUUUUUGGGAGUUGCGAUCAGGUUUCAAUACUUGGAGCAUUGUAAGUGCAAAGAGGUGUUAAUAGUAAGUCCGACCAAAGAUGCAAGUGAAUUACUAUUAGUUUUGGUAAGUUAGAAUUCAUGCCAUGGCUGUCUCUGUUUGGUUUCAUUUUGGUUUUCCAAAAAAUUUAAAAAAAUUCUGAAGCAUUAUACAAGUUUAGGGUGAAAUGUCUAGCAAAAAUUACUUGCAGUUAUUAAACCAAACACUACUAAAACAGGUUUACUCCACUUCUUUGCUGUAUUAUCCAAUGACAGGAAAAAAUGCUAAUGUUUCAUGUGUGUGAGUAAUGUUGUGCUAAUUAAAUGUGAUAUAGGAAGGUGAGAAAUUCUGACACUGAAGCGCAUUUCUGUUAGACCCAGUUUUGAAAAGUCAAAACCCAGAAUGUUAUGGGGGGAGUCCUUCACGAGAGCACCAAGCAUGUUUUUGAAUCCAUGUUUUUAUACUUUUCCAGAUAGCCUGCAAGGGGUUUGUUAUGCAGUUGGCAUGUUUUGCUGGGCAACACCAGAAGUUAAACCCACGUAGCUGAGUUAGCUGGUGCUAGAGGCAGCCUUCUAGCACUUAAUCCAUAGCAGUAUUCACAUGUGGGCCUGUUUAACUCCACCUACCUCUCUGGCAAGUUUUUCUUACUCGUGAUACAAUUUUUCCUUAAAUGCUUGCCUGGAUUUAAAAGAUAUGCUCAUGGUAGCUGUUUCAUUUGCCGCCUUAGCAGAGAGUCACUUAUUCUGGGAAUUUGCUGCUAGGUGGUCUGUUCACUAGCGAAUGCCAAAAAGGAGUUUCCCUUGCUUGCAUUGGCCAUCUUCCUUUAACCAGCUGUCUGGCUGCCGGAGAGGCAUAAACCUCAUGAGCCCCUUCUGAUGGCUUAAGUGUACUCAUAGUGACUGGGACUUUUUAGUGGCCAAGAGCCAGCUAGGGAUAGGCACUGGAUUGUCAUCAGCCACGGAAACAGAAAUUUGAAAUGUCAGCUGGCUGUAGCUGAGUUGUAGCAAUAUAGUUAGUGGGCAUGGAUUGUGACUGAGUUUGUAUUUUAUAUUGCACGUGUAUGAAGGGAGAGAGGGUGAGAAGGAAGAAAAAAUGCAGCAUGUUGAAACUCAGUUGCAGAAACUUAGCUGUGAUUUUUAUAUUCAAUGUAACUGUAGUGCUGAUAGGAUUAGGAAAUUACAGUUCCAGGUAAGACAGUUAACCUGGACGUCAACAAGUAGCAGAAAAAACACCAGCAAUACUAUGUCUUUAAUAGGUCUGUACAUUUAACUAACUUCCCAUCUCUUAACAAAUCUUUCUAUUUUAAAACCAUGUUUCAUAACUCUUCUGUAUUAUGUCAGAUGAUAGACUCAUUUCAUAAAAAAAGCAGCUCCUCAGGAACAAUGACCCUCUCUUUUCUAUUAUUUUGAAUAAAAAUAUCUGUUACGCCCUUGAACUUUU